AUGUUUGUGGCUGGCUCCAGAGCCCUGCGGCUCGCAUGCAGGUCUACCAGGACUAAUUUUCCACAGGCGCAACUGGUUCUGGCCUCAUAUCCUCUUCAAGCUCUCGCGGUACCUCGAUAUUACACAUCCUCAUCCUCUGCGAUCGCUGAGAGCCGAAAGCCGGUGGAUGAGUCCGGUUUACCAGGACAUGACGGCGCAAAGCUGGUUCCGGACAGCAAUAGCUCACCAGUUUCCACUCAUAAUGUGACAGUCCGAACGGAAGCGCAAACGCCCUCCAAAAAUGGUGUAAUCCGCUUCGUUACGUCCGGGUCUUGGGAAACAGUUCGGAAGCCCACUAGGAGAGUCGCGCGCCCGAGGAGUUCUCCAGAUACUAGAGAUCAGUGGCGGAAUAGGGUCAGUCAUAUCCCAGUUGAAGUUAACGGAAAGCAGUUUCUUUUUGAAAGUGCGCAUCUCCGGGACAGCUGUGCUUGUCCGCGCUGCAUUCAUCCAUCCACGAAACAGCGCACUUUCGAGACAGCACAGAUACCACGGGAAAUAUUCGCUAAAAAGCUCCAUAUGGAGAAAGAUUCACUUAUAAUUGAAUGGGGAAAUGAUAUUGAAGGAUUCGAAGGCCAUACUUCUACUUUCUCAACCGGCUAUCUCCAAACUUUGACGAAAGUAGAGUGGUCAUUUCGUCCCGCAGACCCUGCCUCCUAUUGGGAUAAUUCAAAAUUCCAGAAGACCAAUCACUGGAUCUCGUACGAUGAUUAUAUGAACAAUGAUAAAGAAUUUCGCUCUGCCAUGGCACAGCUAAGCAGAUAUGGGUUACUGUUCUUAAAAGGUGUGCCAGAGGACACGGAGAGCGUUUCAAGGAUAGCCACUCGGAUUGGGCCUGUUAAAAAUACCUUCUACGGCUCGACUUGGGAUGUUCGAAAUAUUCCUAACCCCAAGAAUGUCGCCUACACCAAUGUCGACCUUGGCUUCCACAUGGAUCUUCUCUAUCUUGUUCAACCCCCUGGGCUCCAAUUUCUCCAUUGUAUGAAAAACGAGCUACCAGGCGGUGAAUCUCUCUUUGCAGAUAGCUUCCACGCCGCAAAAAUUCUUCGCAAGACCAGUAGGGAGCAAUUCAACCUCCUUACCAAAGCCUGGAUGACUUGGGGUUACAACAAUGAUGACCAGAUCUAUUCGGCCACACGUAGGGUUAUUAACGUAGUCAGCCAAUUUCCAGGCACAAUCAAGGAUAUAAACUAUUCUCCACCGUUUCAAAUGCCUUUUUGGAAUAGCCGCCCCGGAGAGCCUGGAAGUCUUUGCACCCGUGUGGCCGCGGCAUUGAACAGCUUCAAAUCCAUUCUCGAGGACAAGAGAAACAUCUUUGAGUUGAAGAUGAAACCGGGUGAAUGUGUCAUAUUCCAAAAUCGACGAGUCGUACAUGCUAGAAGGGCGUUUGGCGACACAGACUCACAGCCUGGUGGAGACCGAUGGCUGCGUGGAUGUUACAUAGAUAGCGAUGUGGCAGCCUCUAAAUUUAAGACUCUAAAGGUAUAA